UGUUAUGAGAAGAAGACGCGAAGUUCACGUGCGACAUCUGAUCGUCUCAUCGGUCCCCACGUGGACUCGGGGGUCAUCAGAAAUACCUGACGCGGGAUCCAGAUGUGUGCGGUCACUCGGCGUGGCGGGAUGCUGAGCUGCGGGGGUCGGUGCGGGAUGCUGUGAGAGGGGCUGAGCCUUCAGGGUGGAGUCUGAAAUCAGGUGUUAUGACAGGUGGAGCUCUGUGGGAAAACUGAACUGAACUUCCUCCUGUUGGACGAGCACUCUGUUUCUCUGGCUGAGGAUGAGGAAGAGGUUCUCCUCCGUCUGCUCCUCUUCCUCGACGGAGGAGGACAGUGCGAGCCUCUACGACACUGUUCCCAUUUCUGCCGCUGAUCCACCCGAUGAACAAGAACAUCCGUACGCGUCCCUGCUCUGCUGUCAUCGAGUUCAAGACUCCUUGUUGAGCUCCAACAGCAGCUUCACCGGAUACAGAGGCAUCCUCAACUGGAUCAUAAUUCUCCUGGUCCUGACUCACGCUCACUUGUUCUUGGAGAAUUUCAUACAACAUGGUUAUUUGAUAGACGUCAAAAAGGUCUUGGAGCAUCUCAUCGAGGACAACUGCAACUGGCCGUCCGUCAACCUCAUACUGGCUGCCAACAUGUUUGCUGUUACAGCUUUGCUUUUAGAGAGGUCUCAGGAAAAGGGUGUGCUGUCUCCUGUCAACGCUCGUCGUUUACAUCUCACAAAUCUGGGGUUUCUUCUGCUGUUUCCUGCUGCGGUUAUCGUUCACGAGCCUACAAUAUCAACAGGUGGAGCGUUCUUCUCUCUCUGGUUCUACACAGUUCUGGGGAUGAAGCUUUAUUCUUACCAGGAAGCUAAUCACUGGUACCGACAGGCUCGCUUACCUGAUGCAGAGACGGACAACAACGUGUCGGUUGCACAAAGAGUCCACAAUGAGCAUCUCACUCUCCGAGGUCUGUAUUAUUUCUUCCUCGCGCCCACUCUGUGCUACCAGAGAGACUUCCCACGUACUCCUAAAGUCCGCGUCAACAAGCUGCUGCACAGGCUGCUGGAAAUGGUGAUCGUUGUCCAGAUCAUGGUUGCCAUUGUGCAGCAGUGGAUCGAGCCCAUCUUCCAGAGAUCAGAAUACUCCUUCUCUACUAUGGACAUCACUAUGCGAGUGGAGCACCUGGUGGGGCUGGCGGCACCUGCUCAUUUCCUGUGGCUGCUCUUCUUCUUCUUGAGUCAUUCCUACCUGAAUUUCUGCGCGGAGCUGCUGCGCUUCGGCGAUCGGCACUUUUACGGAGACUGGUGGAACGCGACGACUCUGAUCGCUUUCUGGAAGAACUGGAGUAUUCCCUGUCAGAGGUGGUGUCACAGACAUGUUUACACACGGCUGGUAGAAAACAACGUGCCGCCAUCACGAGCUGAGUUACUGGUCUUCCUCAUGUCUGCUGCUCUGUGCGAGUGCAUGAUCGCUCUGCCUCUGCAUAGCUGUCGGCUGUGGAUCUUCUUCAUGAUGGUAGCCGAGCUUCUAGUCGCUGUGUUUUUAGGAAACCAUUUUGAGGGAAACUAUGGCAAUGGUUUGGUGUGGCUGUGUCUGCUGCUGGGCCCUCCUCUGGCUGUCACCACAUACUUUCACGACCACUACAUCAGCUCCCCUCACCACCACCACCACCAUCAUCCGUCAUCAUCCUCACCACUGACAUCAGACCGCCGUCUGCCCGGCUCUGUCUUCCUGAAGCCUCAUUAGAUCAAGAAGUUCUCAAGGAUCCAAAGAAGCAAUACAUACUCUGUUUAGACCCGUUAAUGACGUGUUCUUCGACGUCUGACUAUUGUUU